UGGGGGCUUAAUUUUCAGAGCUCCUAACAAUGGCAGCCCUCCUUUUCUCCUCCAAAACUCUACCUUUUCUUCUCUUCACCUUCUUCUCUUGUGCCCAAGUUCUAGCUCAGUCACCCGGUAAAGGAGCGAAUUACUCUUGUUCCUCGGACUCGCUGCAAUCGUGCGAUACGUAUGUCGCGUACUUUGCCCAGCCGCCGGACUUCAUGGAUGUGGGGAACAUCUCUGACCUUUUUCAUGUCAGCCGUCGAUCGAUCAUCCAAGCGAGUAACCUCACGUCGGAGUAUAAUGGGCUGGUCCAAGGGCAACUCUUGCUGGUACCGAUCAAGUGCGGAUGCAACGGGACUAGCUACUUCUCUAAUGUCACGUAUGAAAUCAUGAAAGGCGACAGCUACUACUUGGUUUCGACCCACGCGUUUGAGAAUCUCACCAAUUGGCAGACUGUAGAGGCCGCGAAUCCGUCCCUGAACCCGAACACGCUUAAGGUCGGGACGCGAGUCGUAUUCCCUUUGUUUUGCAGGUGCCCUUCAAAGGCACAAUCGGAGGCAGGACUCAAUUUGUUCAUUACUUAUGUCUGGCAGACUAAUGACCAAGUCUCAACCGUGGCUAGUAAGUUCAAUGCAACCCCAGGUGCUAUCAUAGCAGAGAACAACCAGAACAAUUUCACCUCGGUUAUAGACCAUCCGGUCUUGAUCCCGGUCUCGCAAUUGCCGAUUCUCACACAGAAUUACAGCUCCAUCCCUAGCAAACGCGGCACAAACCAUCGAUGGCACCUUGUGAUCAUGACCAGUUCGGUCUGCGCUGCUCUGGUUUUCCUCUUGGCAAUCUCUCUGGUCUAUAUGCACGGCAAGCCCAAAAAGGCCUUGGACCGAAAUGGCUCGCCACUAGAGACAUCUGAUCUAAUUCCAGCGAAGGAAUUUGCUAGGUCCGAGAGCUUCGAGCUGAAGGCUGUGCAGGAUAAGUUGCUGUCCGGUGUUUCGGGCUAUUUGGGCAAGCCAAUAAUGUACGAUCUGAGAGCGAUUAUGGAGGCAACAGCAGACCUCAGCGAACAUUGGAAGAUCGGGAAAUCGGUCUUCCAGGCAAACAUUAAUGGCGAAAUUCUAGCAAUUAAAAAAAUCAAGGACGAAUCUUCAGAAGAAAUGAAAAUUCUGCAGAGGUUGUAUCACGCCAAUCUGGUGAAACUAAUGGGUGUGGCAUCUGAUAUUGAUGGUCCUCGCUUCUUGGUGUAUGAGUAUGUCCAUAAUGGAUCACUCAAAAAGUGGCUGCACAAGCAAUGCACAUCCUCAUCAGGGUCAAUAGUCCUCAUGUGGAUCCAGCGGCUGCGGAUCGCCCUUGACGUUGCAAACGGCCUGCAAUAUCUGCAUGAGCACGCCCAGCCGAGCAUCGUCCAUGGGGACAUCAGGACGAGCAACAUACUCUUGGACUCGAGGUUCAAGGCCAAAAUAUCAAACUUCUCGAUGGCGAAGCCGGCCGCAAGCCCAGCAGAGCUAAAGGUGGACAUCUUCGCGUUCGGGGUCUUGCUGCUCGAGCUGCUUUCGGGGAAGAAGGCGAUGGGGAUGAAGGAGAGCGGCAAGAUCGGGAUGCUGUGGAGAGAGAUAAGGGAGGUUUUGGAUGAUGAUGAUGAUGAUGGAGGAGGGAAGAGAGAGGAGAAACUCAGGAAGUGGAUGGAUCCGAACAUGGAUGGGUUCUUUCCCAUGGAUGGUGCUCUGAGCUUGGCUUGUUUGGCCAGGACAUGCACAAUAGAGGCACCGAGUUUGAGGCCGAGCAUGGCCGAGAUCGUGUUCAAUCUCUCUGUGCUCACUCACUCGUGUGCCGACAACUCGGAAGGGUCUUGGGCUUCUCCUAGGCUGGAAACCGAUGAGGCUGUUCAGAUCAUCAGUCCAGUCAAAGCUCGUUGAUUUCGGGAUCGUAAUCUGAUGGGACUGUAUAAGUUCCUGAAUGUACAUAUAGCUCUUUUCAUAGCCUAAAGCAGAUGUUCUGUGAGUCUUUUUAUCUUGUUUUUGUUUGUUUUUACAAUGAAAGCUUAUGUGUA